ACGCCCCGGGGACGGCGGCCCCGCCCCUCGUCGAGCCGCCCAGUCCCCGGACUCCCUCCGGCCCCUUCCGGCCCCGCCAGGGUGGGUCUGCGCCGUGUCUGGGGCGCCCCCUGCAGGGCGCCGGCGGAGCUGCGGCCAGGCCCCGCCCUCCGGAACGCCCUCCGCAGACCCUUCCCGGCCGAGAGCGGCGCGGAGCCCCGGGCCCUGGCUUCCGCCGCGGCGCGCGCGGUCGCCGGGGCUGCUGCGUCGCGCCUCUCGCCCGCCCCCGGCGGGCGCCGUCCCGGCUGAGGUUUCCAUGGCCGCGAAGCCAGGGGGCGCCAGGCCCGCCGCCCCGCCCCGCCCCGGCACCGCCCCCCCCGCCGGGCCCGCCCUCCCCGCCGCCUGCGCCGCUGCCGCCGCCACUGCCGCGGGGGCCGCGGUGGGCGCAGCUACGGCGCGGCGCGGACGGGAGGCGAGGGGGCCGCCGCGCCAGGCCCGAAGCCGAGGCGGAGCCGGGCCGCCCCCGCCGCGCCCGCCCGGGAUGCGGCGCUGAGGCCCAGCAUGGCAGGCCCGAGCCCCACCUUCCCGCUGCAUCGGCUCGUCUGGGCGAACCGGCACCGCGAACUGGAGGCCGCGCUGCACAGCCGUCAGUGACUCCCAACCCUGUUCAUCUCAGUGGCCUUCUUGCCUUGGCCUCUCCUUACUUGCCCUGUGCUGAGUGUCCCAUCUCCCCCAGCACGACAUUGAACAGGAGGACCCCCGGGGGCGCACCCCCCUGGAACUGGCCGUGUCCCUGGGGAACCUGGAGUCCGUGAGAGUCCUCCUUCGACACAAUGCCAACGUGGGCAAAGAGAGCUGCCAGGGCUGGGCAGGAGGCAGUCAGCACCGGGGACCCUGAGAUGGUGCAACUUGUACUCCAGUAUCGGGACUACCAGAGGGCCACGCAGAGGCUGGCUGGCAUUCCGGAAUUGCUCAACAAACUCCGCCAGGCCCCCGAUUUCUACGUGGAGAUGAAGUGGGAGUUUACCAGCUGGGUGCCCCUCGUGUCCAAGAUGUGCCCGAGUGACGUGUACCGCGUGUGGAAGCGGGGUGAGAGCCUGCGGGUGGACACCAGCCUCCUGGGCUUCGAGCACAUGACCUGGCAGCGCGGCCGGAGGAGCUUCAUCUUUAAGGGCCUGGAGGCGGGAGCCCUGGUGAUGGAAGUUGACCACGACCGGCACGUGGUGCACACGGAGACGCUGGGGCUCCCGCUGCACGAGCCAGAAGUGCUGCUGGCUGCCAUGCGGCCCACGGAGGAGCACGUGGCCAGUCGCCUCACCUCUCCCAUCGUCUCCACCCACCUGGACACUCGCAAUGUGGCCUUCGAGAGGAACAAAUGUGGUAUCUGGGGCUGGCGGUCUGAGAAGAUGGAAACCGUUAGCGGCUACGAGGCCAAGGUGUACAGUGCCACCAAUGUGGAGCUGGUGACACGCACACGUACGGAGCACCUCUCUGAUCAGGACAAGUCGAGGAGCAAAGGGGGGAAGACUCCAUUCCAGUCCUUCCUUGGGAUGGCCCAGCAGCACUCGUCCCACAAUGGGGCUCCUGUGCAGCAGGCAGCCAGCCCCACAAACCCCACAGCCAUUUCCCCCGACGAGUACUUUGACCCCAACUUCAGCCUGGAGUCGAGGAACAUCGGCCGUCCCAUUGAGAUGUCCAGCAAAGUACAGAGGUUCAAGGCAACACUGUGGCUGAGUGAGGAGCACCCGCUCUCCCUGGGUGACCAGGUUACACCCAUCAUCGACCUGAUGGCCAUCAGCAACGCUCACUUUGCCAAGCUACGAGACUUCAUCACCCUGCGCCUCCCACCCGGCUUCCCGGUCAAGAUUGAGAUCCCCCUUUUCCACGUGCUCAAUGCCCGCAUCACCUUCGGCAACCUGUGUGGCUGCGACGAGCCCUUGAGCUCGGUGUGGGUGCCGGCGCCCGGCUCUGCUGUCGCAGCUUCAGGGAGCCCCUUCCCCUGCGAGGUGGACCCUGCCGUGUUUGAGGUGCCUGAGGGGUACAGCGUGCUGGGCGCGGAGCGCAGCGAGCCCCUUCGUGACGAGGAUGACGACCUGCUGCAGUUUGCCAUCCAGCAGAGCCUGCUGGAGGCGGGCACAGAGGCGGAGCAGGUGACUGUCUGGGAAGCCCUGACCAACACCCGGCCUGGUGCCCACCCUGCCCAGGCUGCAGCUUACGAGGAGCAGCUUCAGCUGGAGCGCCUUAGUGCUUACUGGUCUGCUCUCGCCUCUCAUGCCUGGCCUGGAAGGGCCCUCCAGGAAAGCCUGCGGAUGUCUAUAGAGCCCAGGGGUCCAGGAUCCCCUCACAGGACACCCCCGGCCCCGGCCCCCCCAAGCUUUGAGGAGCAGCUUCGCCUGGCCCUGGAGCUGUCUUCGCGGGAGCAGGAGGAGCGGGAGCGGCGGGGCCAGCAAGAGGAGGAAGACCUACAGCGGAUCCUGCAGCUCUCGCUCACCGAGCACUGACCCCUGGCCCUCAGGAGGGCUGUCCGGGCUGCUCCCCCACCCACUUUUGUAACUUAUUUAUUUAUAAACACUCUGCUGCUGAGCUUGGGGCCUGGAGCCCUGGGGGUGGGCUUGCAUUGGAGACCAAGGUGGAAAUAAAGAGGCCCUCAG